GAAGCAUCGCGAGACUUGAGCGAGAGUUGGCUCUAUAAGCCUGAGAGAAGGACCGCGGAAGACCCUUUCGUCCCUUUCCUCUAAGAUGGCGCCGAAGCCCAAGAAGGAAGCUGUUGUCCCCCCCAAGACAGAAGCCAAGUCCAAGGCCUUGAAGGCCAAGAAGGCAGUGUUGAAGGGUGUCCAUAGCCACAAAAAGAAGAAGAUCCGAACGUCUCCCACCUUCCGGCGACCCAAGACUCUAAGACUUCGGAGGCAGCCCAAAUACCCCCGGAAAAGUGCUCCUCGAAGAAACAAGCUUGAUCACUAUGCCAUCAUUAAGUUUCCCCUGACCACUGAGUCUGCCAUGAAGAAGAUUGAGGACAACAACACUCUUGUCUUCAUUGUGGAUGUCAAAGCCAAUAAGCAUCAGAUCAAGCAGGCAGUAAAGAAGCUGUAUGACAUUGAUGUAGCCAAGGUCAACACACUGAUCCGGCCUGAUGGAGAGAAAAAGGCCUAUGUCCGACUUGCUCCAGACUAUGACGCGUUGGAUGUUGCCAACAAAAUUGGAAUCAUCUAAACUUUGUCAAGCUAUCCUGCUCCACCUUCAAUAAUAAAACUUUUCCAAUAUU